UUCUGAGCUUCAAAAUAAAUGCAUAAGAAAAUAUUGCUAAGCAAAAAUUUGUUGAAAAAAAAAAUAUCUCAAAAAUGAACGAGCAUCGAUUCAACGAUUUUAAAGAUUGGGAGCUGAUUCAGGAGCUCGGAACUGGCGGUUUUGGAGCAGUUUUGCACUGGCGGAAUCGCCGCACCAACCAGGAAAUAGCUACCAAAAGCCUGAAAGAAAACUAUAUGUUGAACCAGGACGAAAUAGCUAAAAUAAAUCAAAGAUGGAAGAAGGAAUAUGAUUGGAUGCAGAAUAUGGAAACGGAGAGUAUUGUCGGUGGUAUAGUGCUUACCGAUCUCGAAUUUGUAAACUAUUUGAACACAAAUCAUUUAUGGCGUCCUUUACCAGUAAUAGUAAUGAAUUACUGUAAUGAAGGAGAUGUUCGUAAGAUUUUAGAAAAACCGGAAAAUAUGAAUGGGUUGCCAGAAUUUGAAAUCAAAGAAAUUCUUCGUAGUUUGUGCGCUGCAAUAAAAUAUAUGCACACAAAAUUCGAAAUAGAGCACAGAGAUCUGAAACCCGACAAUAUUGUUAUACAUCAAGAUCGGGUAACUCGUAAAAAAAUGUAUAAGUUAACUGAUUUGGGAUUUGCACGAAAAACUGCAACAUCUAAAAAUACAAUUCUUAAAAGUGUUGUGGGUACAAGACAUUAUUUUGCACCAGAAAUUUUAGAUACAAAAAACUACACUAAUAGUGUAGACUAUUGGUCUAUUGGGAUUAUAGCAUAUGAGCUUAUGACAGGAUCCCAACCGUUCAUACCUCAUGCCCCACUGCCUGCGAUUAUAAUUAAUGUAAGGAAAAAGUGUCGAGACUGCAUUGCUAUUACAGAGAAUGUUAACAAGUCGUCAGAAUAUAUAUAUGAAACAGAAUUGCCGAAACAACAAUUUUUAAGUAGUGUCUUUAAAACAAAUAUGCAGUAUUGGUUGCGAUUGGCACUAGAUAUAAGUCCCAAAACCCGUGGAUUUGACUUAAAUCAAAAGAGUUUUAAAUUUUACGAAAGUAUAGAUGAAAUUGUCGAUAGUAAAAUUUUGACAAUAUUUUAUUUAAAUGAGUGUGAAUUUUUAUCUUAUUGCAUAACACAUGAAAACUUAAACGAAAACUGGAUUAAAGUACUCGAAUAUAUUGCAAAAGAUACUGGUACCGCACAGGAGAGAUUAAUUUUGAUUCUACCAUCUGGUCAUAGAAUAGCUCAAUUAACACAUCAAACAACAAUUGGAGAUUUGUUUAUGGAAAAUUGGCAGGAUACAGCCGCAAGUAAUACUCCUCCAGUAAUGCUAUAUGUGGUUGGACAUAAGUGUCCUUUUAAUUUGUCACAAAAAUAUUCGCCGUCUGAGACGGUUUUAAAAUGUGUCAAUAUAAAAGUGGAUAAUAAAGUAAAAAAUAAUAAAGUAACUAUUGAUGAAUGGAUUUUGCGUGAUUACAAACGAGAGGCACAUUUUAUGUUAACUAAGGCACAACGUAUCUUAGAAGCAUUUGCUAAUGGCAUUUUAGAAUGUAUUUUAACAAUCGAAGAUGUAUGUCACAAUAAUAAAGCAUCAUUAGAUAAUUCACUACAAAAUAUAAUAUUUAUGAAAGGAAAGAUACAUCAAUUUACUGAUGUGAUAAAUCAUAUGAUCAAUGAGAAAUCAUAUAAUGAAGAAUUCAUUCAUAAGUGGAAGUUAAGAGCCGAACAGUAUAAUACCUAUAUGAUGCAAAUUGAAAAUAUGACAGCACCCUUAAAAAAUCAAUUCAAUGUUGUACAUUCAAAUGCAAAAGAACUGGCAAAAAAAGAACUUUGUGAUAAUUUAGUAAAAAAGGAUAUAUAUGAAAUAAAACAAUUUGAAAGAUGUAUGACAUCAUCUACUGCCGCAGAGAAGAGUGUUGUACUAGAAAUGUGUACAAACGCUACAUACGUUUGCUUUAAUACAUAUGAAGAUGGUUUUAAUAAUAAUAAUGAACUUAAAACAUAUCUAAAUAAUGCAAUGGAUUUGUACGAAAAGUUCACACAAAUACGUGACAUAGAACAAACAAGUGCACAACACAUCAUCUCCUUGAAUACAAAUCUAUUAAAGUCUAAUGAGGAAUUAAUUUCCGAUUUAGGAAAGUAUAAUCAAUUGAGUAAUAUAACCAAUCAAGUGCAUUCAUUAAAAAUUGAUGGUGCCGGGUUACAAGACAUAAAUUCGUUUGAUUCUAUAUGCAACAUAUCGACAUCAGAGCUAAUCGGAAACGUCUUAAGUGAUAUGGUUUUAAAAGUGCAAGAUUUGCAAUGUCAAUGAGAUAUGCUUCGUCAACCAAGUUCACGUUGAGAAUGAACAGUUUUAACUGUCUUCGGUCAGCAAAUUAUGACUUUAUUAGCUUGAGCUUCUGAGACAAACAUUACAGUAUAUAA